AUGAACCUGCUCUCGUCCUUUCUACCCGGGUCACGCAACGGACCGGUCACGCGACAGCAAGUCAUACUAUCGUAUGCCGUAGACUGGUUCCUGACUAUCGCGCUGGCAGCUGUAUUCUACAGUCUGGAUAAAGUGCCCGGUUUCAAGCGCGACUUCUCUGUCACCGAUACAUCGAUCAGACAUCCUUACGCGGUAUACGAACGCGUUCCGACCUGGGCGCUGGUGCUCAUAUCAUUUCUGGCACCCCUACUUUUCAACUGGGCUGUUAACUUGUUGAGUGUGCGCUCGAAGUGGGAUGCGCAUGUCUCCGCUCUGGGCCUCAUUUUAUCUCUCGCUAUGACAGGCGUCAUUGUCCAAUUCACCAAGGUUACAGUCGGUCGCCCACGACCAGACCUCAUCAGCAGAUGUAAUGUCACAGAGGGGACCGUGGAUCCGCCUUAUGGUCUUUCGACAUGGCAAAUCUGCCGCCAGACUGACGAGAAUAUCCUAAAAGACGGCUUUCGCAGUUUUCCUAGCGGACAUUCCGGAUUCUCCUUCGCCGGUCUCGGCUUUAUGGCCUUCUACCUCGCCGGCAAAGUCCAUCUCUUUGACAAUCGCGGGCACGCGCCAAAGGCAUGGCUAUCGUUGGCGCCGCUCGCUGGCGCCGCUCUAGUGGCAAUCAGCCGCACGAUGGACUACCGACACCAUUGGCAUGACGUCCUCGUUGGGGGUGCUCUUGGACUAUUGGUCUCGUACUUCGCGUACAGGCAGUACUACCCGCCACUCACUUCGCGUCGCUCGCACGUCCCUUACGCGCCGCGCGACAAGAAUGCAGCGAGGGCAGGGCCAAUCCUACCGACGGCACGCGAAGAGGAGAUUCCUGCCGUGCGAUACACAGAUGUGCACGAAGAGUCGGACGGGACGGAUGGUGGAGAGGAGUUGAGGGAAGUGUGUUUGCAAAGGAAGGAUCAUGCGCGACAUGACCCUCAAGUGUUGUUGGACAAUACCACGCAAUGA